AUUCAGGCACAAGUUAAGUAUUUUGACACAUUCUUCUCUCUCCGAAUCUUGAAGUCAAUAAUAUCUUCUCGCUGCCUAUAAUCCAUGGGAACUGUAUCCAAUCACAACCCACGAUCCCAUAACACAAACCCUCUUAACCAUAGAACCGGUUUCAACAAACGGAAACCUCAAAGCAGCCAUGGAGAAGUUGAAAGAAGCUCUCAUUACAUUUGCCGAUUCAAACCCUAGUAUAUUCCGACAUGAUGGUUUUAAUUCCCAUCCGAGCUUAAUCGAACAGCGCUUCUCUCAAUUCUUCUUCGAUUUUCAGACGCCUAAUCAUCCGCCUUAUGCAGCUAUGAUUCAUAAAGCACUUAGGGAACUGAAUGAGAAAAGGGGUUCUAGUGAGGAGUCAAUAUCAAAGUACAUAAAACAGGAGUUUGUUGAUUUACCAUGGGCCCACUCUACAUUUCUGAAACACCACCUUGAGAAGCUUUGUGAUUGCAAAGAAAUUUCCAUAACUCGGAAGAAACGUUAUUUGCUUGCUGGUGUAGAUUCUGACCCAAUUUCAAACCCUAAAUCUGAAAAACAGUUAAAAAGGAAGCAAGAUUCAGAAACAGGGAAGAAAAACAGUGGGCAUAACAAGAAACUUAAGAAGAGCAAGAAAAAAGAAACCAAGAAACAGAUAACUGAAGUGUUUCAAGAUCAAGAAAAUGUCACACGCAAUGAAUUGCUUGAAUCAGAAUGUUUAGAGAUUAAAUAUCAUCAAACAAAUGAGGAAGGAAAUAGUUUGAUAGAUGUAUGUGUUCAAGAAAAUGGAGUAUGUGCAAAUGAUAAGGAGCAAAAAGAAAUACAAAGCAAAAAGAAGCGGAAGUCAAAAAAGAGGGGUAAAAAUGGAAAGAAAAAUGAGAACACUCAACUUCAAGAUUCGAGUGAAGCAAAUUUGAAACAAAACAAUGAAGAGAUUGACUGUGAAUUACAUGAGAAGAAUCCUCAAAUUCAGGGAAAACAAGUUUGGACAAAAUCAAGAAUAAAGAAAAUGUCGAAUAUGCCAAAAGGUGUUGAGUAUUUAUCUGAAGAAAAACAACAGACAAAAGAGACAUCAUCAAGUGCAGUGUCUAAACUUAUGAAUGGGCAGCGAUCAAAACUACGUAGUUUUAAGAAGAAAAAAGGCGUGUCAAUUGACAAGGAUCAAAAGAAGCAGAAAACGCGUGGUAGACAUGAUAAGAUGCCAAGGAGGAGCAUCAGGAAAAGGAAAGCCCCGAGUCGAUUGGAUUAGAAGAAAGGCAUGAUCUUUACUCAAGAUUUUUUGUGAAUUAUUAGGUUUUUAGUAAGAUAAGUUAAUUGCUAUUUUUUGGUUGUUUUGAAAAAUGGGUACUUUUAAAGAUUGUUUUAUAGUAGCAAGUGAAAGUAGUUUUUGAAGUCAAGUAGUUUGAAUCCCAAUUUACAUCUCUUCCAAUUUGGGCUUUUUGAACGUUUAGUUUAAGAUAAUGUGUUGG